UCGGUUUUACUAUAAUCAAUUGAUCCGCUUAGGGCCUACGAACUGACAGUACUGAGUAUUGGGGAUGGCGGAUGGAUUAGUUUUAUGUCCCUGGACAGUUAGGUUUCUCAAACUAAGUAUUGGGAACAGGUAUGGCUAAUGACCAGGCACGUGAUAGGGGGAUAGGUAGUUGGCAUUUAAAGCAGACAGUGGAUCAAUAAUUAAAAGGUCAGGAAAGUUUGGCUUUUAAAACAGACAGCACAGUGCUUGUCUGUAGUCUUCGGCCUGUAGAUUGUGCAGUGCUGGCUUUUAAUAGCUAGAAAGACGAAAGAGUUUAGUGCAAUUUGGAGAAUUUUUGAUCCAAAAUGGAAGCAGUAGUAGAGAACAAGCAAGUGAUAUUCAAGGGGUAUAUAGAGAGGGCGCCAAGAGAGACAGACAUGGACGUGAAGAUUGGAAAAGUUGAGCUCAAAGCACCAAAAGGUUCUGGAGGUCUUUUGGUGAGGAAUCUGUACCUGUCUUGUGACCCCUACAUGAGAGGUCGCAUGCGUGACUACCAUGGCUCUUAUAUUCCUCCCUUUCUUCCCGGCCAGCCCAUACAAGGAUUUGGUGUUGCAAAGGUUGUAGCUUCUGAUAAUCCAGAUUUCAAGCCUGGUGAUUUGGUUUCUGGUUUAACUGGUUGGGAAGAGUACAGCUUGAUUCACAAGCAUCAGCAAUUGAGAAAAAUUCAGCAAAAUGACCUUCCUCUCUCACUUCACCUUGGUCUUCUUGGUAUGCCUGGUUUUACUGCCUAUGCAGGAUUUUAUGAGGUCUCUUCUCCUAAGAAAGGAGAUUAUGUCUUUGUGUCUGCAGCGUCAGGAGCCGUCGGUCAGCUUGUUGGUCAAUUUGCCAAGUUACAUGGCUGCUAUGUAGUUGGAAGUGCUGGCACAAGCCAAAAGGUUGAUCUUUUAAAGAAUAAGCUUGGAUUUGAUGAAGCUUUCAACUACAAAGAAGAGACCAACCUGGAUGCAGCUUUGAAAAGGUAUUUCCCAGAAGGCAUAGACAUCUACUUUGAUAAUGUGGGAGGAGACAUGCUUGAUGCUGCAUUGCUCAACAUGAGGAUUCAUGGCCGGAUUGCAGUAUGUGGAAUGGUGUCUUUGCACAGCCUAUCUGAUCCCCAAGGGAUUCACAACUUGUUCAAUCUUAUAAGCAAACGCAUUACGGUGCAGGGAUUCUUGCAAAGUGAUUACUUGCAUUUAUAUCCACAGUUCUUGGAACAUGUUCUUGGUAAUUAUAAGCAAGGCAAGAUUGUGUACAUUGAAGACAUGAAUGAGGGAUUGGAAAGUGCUCCAGCUGCUUUGGCUGGACUAUUUUCGGGUAAAAAUGUGGGCAAGCAAGUGAUUCGUGUAGCUUAUGAAUGAUUGCUUAGAUGAAAAGUUUGAAGCACUUCAGUUGGCAGAGCUUUAGCGAGCUCUAAAUGAAACAAUCUUAGUAAUAAGCUUAGUCUUGGAGCUUUAUUUUAACUCCUUGACAGUAGAUAGUGACAUGCAAAUCGUAGUCACUAGUUUGACAAAUGAGAAUAUAUGAAAACGUUGGAAUUGUCGUCUGCCAAUUAAGAUCGUGGCUCAUAAGUCUGUAGAAUUUAAUUGAAAAUGUUGUUGAAGGAAGAUAGAAGCCGCAUAAUCAGCAAAUACAUGAGCACUACAUAGGUUAUUUAAGAAUUAA